UGUUGCACAAAUAUUUUUACACUUACCAGUAUCGAACCCGCGAUCUCUUAAGUCCAAGAGCUAAUUUUGAAGAAUCGCAAUAAGACUUUCCCUUAUGAAAUUUAGGGCUUGUAAAGCCACUCUCUCAGUGACAGAAAAUCAAAUCAAAUACAAUUCAAUUUUUUUUUUCAAAAAUGAGUAAAUUAGUAUUUUGCAAAACCCAAAGAAAAUCCCUUCAAACUCUCAAAUUUCCAUCAGAAAUCUCAAAAUUCCGCUAUUUCUCUGCAGAAUCAUCACCAACUGAAACACUUGAACAACAAAAUGAACCCGAAAGAAAGAAGAAUUCAAUUAGUGAGACUCAACUAGUAAACCUGAUUCAAAAUUUGGGGAAAACCCAAAAGCUAAAUGAAUCUAUUCAGUUGUUUCAUAAAAUCGAAACCUCAGAAAGAAAUACCCAUCUCUAUAAUACCCUUCUUGCCAUUUUAUUCAAAUCCGGUCGUAUCAAUAAUGCAGUGGUGUUGUUCGACGAAAUGCUUCAACCAGGUUGUAAGUUUCCUCCUAAUGGUAGUACUGGUUCUGUUAUUUACGCCGCAAUUUUGAAUAGCGAUCGACAGGGAAAUGGAGGGGGGCGGCGGUUGACAGGUGAUCAAGUAAUUGAAUUGGUUUCGAGUUUGGGUAAAAAUGGCAUCUUUCCUGAUACAAUGGUGCUAACAAAAAUCAUUACUAUGUUUUGCGAAAGUGGUAAGAGUAAUGAAGCUUGGGAGCUUUUACAUGUUUCAAUGAAGAUGAAUUGUCCAGUGGAAGCUGCUUCCUGCAAUGCACUUCUGACGAGGCUAGGACAAGAUCGGAAUUUUGAAAGGAUGAGUUUGCUUUUAGCUGAGAUGAAAGAAAUGAAUAUCAAACCGAGUGUUGUGACGUUUGGGAUUCUUGUUAAUUAUCUAUGUAAAUCGCAGAAAAUCGAUGAAGCAGUUCAGUUGCUUGAGAAAAUGAGUAAGAAAUUGGAAGGGAUUGAUGUUUUACCUGACGUGGUUAUGUUUAAUACAGUUAUGGAUGGGCUGUGCAAAAUGGGGAGGCAUGGAGAAGGUUUGGAAUUGCUGAAACAAAUGAAGCUGGGACAUGGGUGUUCUCCCAAUAAUGUGACGUACAAUUGCUUGAUUGAUGGGUUUGCUAAAGCAGGUGAGAUUGAGACGUCGCUUCAGUUAUUCGAUCAAAUGAAUGAAGAAGGAGUUUCUCCAGAUGUGGUAACGCUUAACGUAUUAGUAGAUGGGAUGUGCAAGCAUGAAAGAGUCGGUAGUGCACUUGAAUUCUUUAGUAAAAUGCAAGAUAAAGGUUUGAAAGGGAAUGCUGUUACUUACUCUGUUUUGAUCAGUGCCUUUUGCAAUGUGAACAAUAUUGAAAAGGCAAUGGAGAUUUUUGAUGAUAUGGUGGGAACUUGUCGCGUUCCAGAUGCGAUUGUUUAUUACUCUUUGAUAAAUGGAUUAAGUCGGGCGGGGAGGUUGGAUGAUGCAUGUUGCAUAAAGUUUAAGAUGGAAGAUAUUGGUUUCCGUUUGGAUCGCUUGGGUUACAAUGUUCUAAUCAGUGGGUUACUCAAAAAGAAUAAAUUGGAUAAAGCUCAGGAACUUCUUAAGGAGAUGAUAGAUGCAGGAAUUCAACCAGACGAGGUUACGUAUAAUACUAUAAUUUCGGGAUCAUGCCAAUCAGGGGAUUUUGCAACUGCCCAUCAGGUCAUGAAAAACAUGACUGAGAAAGGUUUUGCUCCCACGGUAGUUACUUAUGGUGCACUAAUACAUGGAUACUGCAAAGCCGACAAGUUUGAUGAUGCCAUGAAGAUUUUCAAUGACAUGGGUUCAAAUUCAAAAGUCCCACCCAAUACUGAGAUAUACAGUAUGCUGAUUGGUUCACUUUGCAAGAAAGAGGACAUCGAAUCGGCGAUAUCUUUAUUUGAUGAAAUGGAAGGUAAAGGAGUGAUCCCAAAUGUAAUUACGUACAAUGCGGUAUUGAAAGGCUUAUCUGAGAGAAAUCCGUUGGAUAAAGCGUCCCACGUCAUGGAUAAGAUGGGGAAACAGAAUUGUAAUCCAAACUAUGUUACGAUGGAGAUCCUCACUCGUUGGCUUCCUCAAGUUGGCGAGACAGAAAGAUUGAAAGCUUUUGUAAAAGGGUACACAAGUUCUGUUUAGAAGCAUGUAAAGUAUAUUUUGCAGAAAUGUAUGCUUUGACUCAAUUUCCCUUUGAAGAUAAGCAACAGUAUAUAACCGAGGGA